AUGGAGCUGCAAAAGAGCCUUGCUGCGUCAAAAGAAACAGCGCUGAGCUCCACAAUGAGGUUCCAACGAGAAGACAGCACAGAACGGGUUGGUAUUGUGAGUAAGGAACGAAUUGUGGUGCAGGGAUCAGGUCAUGUCUCAGAAACCAAAGACGAAGUGACCUCAUCCCAAUAUGAAACUCACGUGGAUGAGUUGUCCGAGUCGAGAACACUCGCUCUUGACAAUCGAGCAAGCUCGACGGCAAAUCUACGCGCUGUUGAAGAAACAAGUGCACAGUCGGCUUUGAACAUUGGACGAGGUGAAGCUGUGCAAGUUGCACGUACUAACAUUCCACUCAAAAGUAGUGAAAUGCAGGAAAGAAAGUUCCAAAUUCAAAUGACUAAAUCGGAAAAACAUCUGGAGCGGGUGGAAGACGAGGAUGUUUCCGAAAGCAUAAACACCUUGUCGGUAAAGGAACUGGCGUCUGCGAAACUGCAUGAGUACGGCGAUGAAAAUACUCAAAUUUGCACUCUAUUCGGCAAAAUCGUACAAAAGAAGUACGAGAGUGAUGAAGCCGAGGGAUCCCUGCCGGUACCACGACGGUGGUUGGAGCGUUUUACUUCAAAGGCCGCUGGCGACGAAAUAGCGAUCAUCACAUCAAUGCUACGAAAAGCCGAGGAACAGAUGGAUGUGAGGAAAGUGAUUCGUAUCACCAAUCACUUGGAAAUGGUGUGCUGCGUGAAGGCGAGCACUUCAGAGGCUGCCACCACAACCACGGCAUACUCCAAGUCUGGAUUCAAGGAGAGUGCAAGCAUAAAACUCAGAGGUCGAUCAAAGGAACGCGCCGAGAAGAAAUUCCUCGAACAGGAAUGGAAUCUACAAUCAACGGCGUCUGAAUGGCAAACGAUUCUGAACGAUCUGGAAGCGGAGGUGACACAAGCUCAAGCACUACACGAAAGCUUCAGGUUCUCAGCUAAGGCGAUGUCAAAGAUAGACGCUACCAGAGAGCAACAGAUCGCCAGAGAGCAAGCUACAGCCGGCGUGACUUUAUCCAUGUCCACCGCUUCUGUUGAGAAACAACUGAGAACAUUCUCCAUUGAUCAAGAAGAUCGCUCUCUUCAAAUCCAUCAUGUUGAUCAAGAUUUCGCUGAGAUCGAGCAACUUGUCGAUGAAAUCAACCGGGAAUCGGGUGUUCGUGUAUCUUUCCGAGAGUACGGGCAAGCUGAGAGCGGUAGCGGUAUCACUCUUGUUCGUAGGACUUUGCCAAAGACUCGAGAGUCCUGCAGCCAUGUCGUAAGCGUCUCUACAUCACUUCAGCAACACUUCGCCACCCAAGCAGCUGGCGAUGACAAUCGCGAGGCAGUUGUCGAACUAACCCUACCAAGCUCUUCACUACAAGCAGAAAUAGUGCCGAAAACCGACAGGAAAGAGUCUGCGAGUUUGUCUGCGAAGCACUCGACUGAUUUCACAGUCAGUACUACGGCGAAUUACAAUAAAUGUACUGAUUACACGUCUUCCACAAUGACCAAGCGGAAGCACUUCAUCAGAGAAAAAAGCAGCGAACGCUUCAGGGAAACAGAAGAUGGAGGCGUCGAAAUUCUGUCCAAAUGGGAAGGAGUUGAACGUGACCUUGAAGCUGAGGUGCAGUUACCGAAGAAAAUACAAGUUAAAUCCAGUCUAGCUACUUUCCAGACAUCCGAAGAAGUGCAAACCUUAACGAAGGCGAUGGUGUUACCAGAAGAAGUGAUGCACGUAGCUCUGUUGAAACGAGUUGUUCCAUUUGAAAAGGUUUGCAGACGAUUCGUCAUUGAGGGAUGCAAUGCGGAAGCGACCUUCGUUGAAAAGGCUAGGGAAAAUAUUAUUACUGAGACUACGCGUCCAGAAAAGGUGCUCAGAAAGGAAACAUGGAGAUUGAAGGAGAGCGGUGAUGCCAAAUUUAACGCAAUCAUUAAUUUGCACAAAAUCGAUGUACAAAAACCGAAACAAAAACAAGAGAUAUGCUUGCCAGAGAAGAUCUGCAUUUCAGCGGCUCCUGUAUACAUCAAGGCAGACGCCGUCGAGACGGAUGUGGUCUGGAGCAAUCAUCAUCUACUCAAAACACCUGAUCAAUUCACGAUCGGCAAGCUGCAUAUCUCAGCGAAUACGGCACCAGCGAUGAGAAUGAAGACCAUGGAGAGCGGUGAUGAAAAAGUCCGCCUUGCAGUGGAGCUGCUUGGAUCGAAAGGCGGAGUGGAUUCAUGCCUCAUUGACUGGCCCUUGGCGAAUAAGACAGAAGGAGUUGCAUUGGAAACGGAGGAGUUUGGUGACGAACAUGCUGUCCUCUACGCUCAGAUGAACUGCAAGGAACUCAUAAGUGAGGAUAUAGAGAAGAUCAAGGCGAUUCCGAGACGGGAUGUACUAUCGCUCAGAACUAAAGAAAGCAAAGAAGAAGAGAGUGCAGUGACCACCGACUGGUCAGUGAAACCGCAACAAGAGCAGUUUGGCAAGCUCAUCAACAUCAGCAACCUCGGUGACAAUGUCGAGUUCUCUUGCUUAGAAAGCGGAGAAGAGACAGUCGUUAUCGGAAUGCACUACGAUAUCCCAUCAGUUCCAGAACAUUCGGCUCGUAAAUGGAUAGACAAACGCUUCGGAGGUGACUACUAUCUUUAUACCAAAGCAGCAGCGACAGAAGAUCGCCAAGCUGCGAUAGCUCUCACUCAGAAGGUUCAACUGGAGAAUGUUCGUCACAAACAAAUACAGCGAAUCAAGUCGGAGCUCAGCUUGAGGGUAACAGCCGCUUCAACGGAGGUCACCACCUUAAAUCUCAACUACGAGACAAAGGUGCACAGUGAAAAUGCAUCCACCAUCAGAGCCUGUCCAAACCGUGACGUACCAUUCAAGGUUCGAAUUGCUGGAGAGUCUCGAGGAGUUUGCAAACACCUACUUUGA